CUUGACUACAUCGCAACUCAACCAACAACCACCACCUAUAACGAACCAAGCCAGGAAAAUGUUAUCACCUGUGGCUAUGUGCUCGACAGCCACGCUGCUGUAACCCUGGCAAACCGCGUUCAAACGCAGCAAGUUCUGACCGCAAGACAGCGGACCAAGAUGAUUAGAAACCCCGAAAAAUCAGCAUACCUCCUUGCCACACAGUCUGCUCGGGGCGUCUUCCCAGUACAUCCAACCACUCGCGAAGCAACGUUAACAGAGAAUGAUAAGUUUCAAGAGGGAGGGCUAGAGACCUAUGGCAAGGAGCAAUUCGAGAACGAUGGUAUCAAACGUCAAGGCUUCGUCACAGAUUUUCUUGAAGUUUAAUCAACUAAUCAUUCUCUGGCGCUUUUGGCUUUCAAAUCCAUGGUGGUGGUCGCUCCGAGACUUGUAAUGAAGUUGUGAACUUUC